AUGGCUCAACCGGGGACUCCGAACCUUAACAAUGAGGUUGUGAAGCUAAGGAAAGAAGUGAAGAGAAUCCGAGUUUUGGUUAUCCGAAAACUUGUCAGGAGUGUCGCCAGACUGAAGUCGAAAAAGGGUACUGAAGAUGCACUAUUAAAAAACCAAAGACAUGCACGACGAUUACUUGAAGAAAUCCAUGCCAUGAAGGAAUUGAAAUCUGAUAUAGUAAAUAAAUUUGCUCUUGGUGAUGAUAUUGACUUUGAAACAAUCUGCAAAAUGCCAGACUCUACUGCAACUGAAAGGGCAAUUGCCAGAUUAGCAGUACACCCCCUUCUGAAGAAAAAAAUAGAUGCGCUAAAAGCUGCUGUCAAAGCCUUUAAAGAUGCAAGACAAAAUGUUGUGGAAGUUAAAGCAUCAAAGACCUCAGAAGAAAAUCAUUCCAAAGAUGCUUCAUGUUCAAACGAUGAUGCAAGUAAGUUACAGCAUGAAGGAACUAUUAUCGGUUGGCAAAAAGAGAAAGAAGCCACAAUACUGGCAAAGAAACCAAUAAAUAAUAAAAAAGAAAAAAUGGGCAAGAUGAAACAUGGACUUAAAGCAGCAGACAUUUUAAAUUCUUCAUCAAAGCCUUCUGGAAAGGAUUCUGUAGUCCCACAUGAACCCCAGAGGACACCUUCUGACUCACAAGUGAAAACAUUAAGUCAUACUAAAAAAAAGAAAAUGUCUGAUAGCUCACUUGGUGAUAGCAGUGAUGGGGAAGAAUUGCAUGAAAAAGAAAAGGAAUAUUUUGAUGACAGCACUGAAGAAAGGUUUUACAGACAGUCUUCCUUGUCUGAGGAUAGCGAUAGUGGUGAUGACUUCUUCAUUGCGAAAGCCAGACGAACACGAAAGAAGGAAAGUAGCUCCCAUUCUUCAGUUAAGGAACAAAAUGCCCCCCAAGAAGCGUUACCUGAAAAAGAAAUACUUGAAGCCCACUGGAAUAUAAAAAAAUGACCAAAAAAAACAAGUACAGAAGCUAGAAAGUUUGAAUCGGUAUUUUUCCAUUCUUUACCUGGAUCUAAAAACUCUACAAGAGAACAGGCUCCGAAAAGCAAAAACCUAGGUUUUCAGCAAAAUGAACCUCAGAUCAAGAAUCAAUUUAAUAAGAGUGCACAAAGAGGACUUGUAAGUACAAAACAAUUACAGCUGCCUCUUCAUCCUUCGUGGGAAGCAAGCAAGAGACGAAAAGAACAGCAAUCUAAAAUUGCUGUGUUUCAAGGGAAAAAAAUUACAUUUGAUGAUUAAUGCCUCUUUUUGUGAACUUUUCCAUCUAAAUUUUUAUUUUUUCUAGUAGCCUAUUAGUUAAACUUGUUUUGAAUUAGUCUCUUUUGAGUAGA